AUGUCUCUGAGAGAGGGAACAUUUUCUCAUUUUCUGGAGAAACUGAGUCUUAGGAAGGGAAACGUGUAUGCAAGUAAACAUGUGAAGCAACAUUUUGAAAGUGUAGAAUAAGUGAAUAAUCUGAGAUAAAUACAAGCACUAAGGAGUCUGAGUCCACAUCCUACUCUCUUUAUGUUACAUAAAGUUGUUUUCAAUGAAAACUCUGGCUCCCUUUCACUGGUAUGUGAAUUCAUGCCCAUGAAUAUUUGUGAGCUGAUGAAAGGAAGGAGAAAGCCAUUGCCUAAACAAAAAAAAAUCCAGAACAACAGGUACCAGGUAUGCAAAUCUCUAGAUUGAGUACAUAGAAAUGGGAUAUUUCAGAGGGAUGGGCAACAAGAAAACAUAAUAGUAAAGAACACCCUAAAGUUAGGAGACUUUGGAUCUUGUAGGAGUAUCUGUUCUCAGCAGGCACACAGUACCUCCCCACACUGGUACUGAGCACCUGAAUGUUUGCUUACAAAUGGGCUUUAUAGUUACAAAAUUGGCAUGUGGAGUCCUGGCUGUGUUUUCUACAAAAUCACAAGGUACUGUGUUCAGUGGAGGGUUUUGCUUAUCAUUAAUCAAGAUAAUCAAAGCUUGAAUCAGCUGGGCUUUCUAGCUUUGUUAGAAAAUUACAUGAAAGGAAAAGGAAAGACUUCUCUUGUGCACAAAUUGCCUUACAAAGGUAUCUAUUUCCUGUGUGCACUGAUAAAAUAUGACCCCAAUGAGAAUGCUGCCCAUCAAACCUUACAGCACCCUUAUUUUCAAGAACUCUGGGCAGCCAGUACAUGAGCUUUAACCAUGCACAAAAAAUUAAGACUAGUAGGAAAUAUGUCAGGGCAAGUACCUCAGCAUUUGUGGCAAAUUUCAAAGGCAAGUCCAAGACAGGUAGUAUUUAAGUGGAAGAACUGUCAGUGUUCUCAGAAAGAAAUUGAAUCUUGUUUAUUUAUUUUAAAAGCAUUUCUUAGGAAAGUCCAGGAAAAAAAGAAAAAAACAAAUCAACAUGGACCUCUGCUGAGAGAAUUACCAAAAUUAAAUUUCUCCAGAGUAGCCAAAUUGAUUUCCUGUCCUACUCCUACAUUGCAUUCAGUUUUCUAGGGACCUAAGGAAGGUGGUGGAACUCCUCUGUUCCAGUCUGUCAGAUUUAUUGCAUCAAAUACUGAGGUGUAGACUCUCACUUGCCCACUGACACAUUUGAAACUUCUGUUGUUUCUUCAACAGUCUGAGAAACAGAAGGCACUUCAGUCUUCACUGAAACAUUUCCAUUUGCCUGCUAUAGAAGGAACAGAAGUGAGGAAAAGCCUGGCUAUGCAGUGAGAGAGACCCAGUCAUACUUCUGUUAGAGAUCUAACAAGAACAGCAGUGCCUGAUUUUGCCUUGCUCUGACAAUUUGUAGGAAAACCCCACAAGGUUUGAGGGCUGCUUUCCUACCAUUUUGAUAUUCUUUUCCUGAAGGGGGUCAAUAUUUAAUUAAAGCAUUGUUCUGGCAGAGCACAGAGAGUGUUCUGCAUUGAACUUCCUAAGUACUUGUUCCUUUUAGAACCUGGUGGAGGAGGAGGUUGGUUAAAAAUAGCAUGAAAGGAUUCUUUGAGCUCAAGUAUUAGGAAUGGAAUGUUAUCUACAGAAUUUAAGUUUUCAAAUUGUAUUAAAAAUGACAGCUAACUGCUGGUUUGUUUUUGGAUUUUUUUAGAUUUAAAGGUUUGGGUUUUUGGAGUUUUUUUUCAGUUAGCUCUGGAAAUUAUUCUCCUCUUGUAUGCAGUAACUUCCGCCUCAGGUUUUACUGAGAAUGUGUAAAUUGUGCAAUCAUAUGAGAUUCUUGAUUUUGAUGCAGUUUCUGUAACUGCUUAGUAUUUUUAUGUAAUAUAAUCUAACUCAAAGAUAAACAUAUUUUUUAGCUGAUUCAAAAGCAAGUAAAACUUAAUCAUAGUUUGCUUUAAGCCAUUGAUCUUAACAUUAAUCAGGGAUAACAGGGAUAUACUGAUACUGUAUACUGUAUUAUACUGUAAUACUGAUAUUGCAGCCAGUUGCUUAAAAGAGCAGUAAAAGCAUGUAGCUGAUUGUGCUUCAGAAAUCUGGCACACACAUCACCAGUAACAAUUUAACAGAGUAUUUCCUAUUGCUAAAUAAAGUAAAAGGCAACAUCUUUAUCUUACUAGGAAAGAAUUUUUAUUCCAAAUUGAUACCAUUGAUUUUAAAAUUCCUGAGAUCUAAAAAUUUGCAUUAAUUAAUUUGCAAUACUUAAAUCUGGUGAUGUGUUACAGAACAGUUUUGUUAUUUAGAAAACAAAAGUCUGUGCAAGUCAUACUUGGCUGGGGGUUAAAAAUCUGCCUACCAAGUGUGCAUGCAAAACAGGUUUGGCAAAUAACUUUUUUGGAGGUUUUAAUAGUUUUAAACAUUACUCUGCUCAUAAUUGGGAAGUGAUCAUCAUUUUUUUCCAUAAUCACACACUGGGCUCUGGUGCUGCUGUUCAAAAACCCAGCCAUGAGCAGGAGGCAAAGGGAAUUUUGUGUGAGAGGUACUGCUUUGGGGGGGCACCAUGGAAAAUGGAGCACCGGGGAGGAGCACAUCUCAUCUGAGUCACUUAGCCAAUCCUUAGGCAUCAAUUUGAGAUUUUUGCUCUAGAUCCAGACUAUUUAUUCUAACAAAUUAAGGUACACUGUGCAGUAAAGUACAGGUUAACAUAAUGGUCUUGUAAGAGUAAAAAUUAUGCCUGUUAUGUUCUCAGCUGUUCUUCUGAGAUUCCACAGGGCUGUGCAUUUGUAAAAAAAAUUAUUCUUCACUCACUUUGAGGUGGUCCAAUAAGUGGACUUUUUGCUGUGACUGAUUGAUUGAUUGAUUGAUUGACUUCUUUUGUAUGAAGAGGCAUCUCAACACUUGUAGGGUUCUGUUGUGACUGGAUUAGAUCCUAAUCCUUGUUCAGGUAAAUUUUGGACAUUUUGGACAACUUUGAGCAUGCCCAAAUUCCCCAUUGUAGCUUUUCCAUGUGGAGAAGCUCAUGAGACUCAAGUUCUUUAUGAAUCCUUUUGACAUCUACUGCUUGAAAAUACUUGUCUAACAUAUUUGUCUUCAUGUUUAGAAAACGGUAUUAUCACAUACUGUAUUGAGGAUCAACGUGACAUUUGUAAGGAGAUUCUUGAACAUGUGAAAAUAUCCACAGUGCAGACUGUGGGAGUAUUUGAUACUGAUUCAAAUUUGACUAUCCAAGUUAAAUAUCGUCCACCUGCAUCGUGUACCAUUGCUCAAUUUAUGUCAUUUCU